AGUUCCCCUCCCAACCCACGAACACUUGCAUAAACACUCCAGUGGAAGGACAGACAGCUGACAAGGGACACAGAAUACUCCCCAAAAACCCACGGGUUAUCCUGUGAACAUGAGCAGGAUUGCUGGAUUUCUUCGACGGACGUUUGGGAUAGUACGCGAGCACGUCGGGACAGAUCAUCUGGGGAAUAAAUAUUACGUUAUCCCACAACAGAAGACAUGGACAGGCCAAGCGUGGGCUCAGGGCCUCAAGGCAUGGACCGCAGGGCUUUCCACUGCAGCACGAGUAGUGGUUGAAGUAGGAAGAGUUGUCCGUGCCAAGCGGAUGGUAGUGGCAGCCAAUCCUACAGAAUAUGAAUAUAUAGAAGGCAGCAUACCGACAGAGUGGGACGCUUGGAUCCGAGGCAGACGGAAGGAGCCCCCCUCCAUCGAGGAGCUGCUGAAGAAUGAGUUGUACAGGGAACAGAUCAAGCUGAAGGCCAAGGAGGUGGAGGAGAAAGACCUGGCCCUGCAGGCUAAGGAGUAUGAGGAAGGUCUGGUGGCAACUCCUGCAAGGAUCGCGGCCAAGGGCCAUGCAGCUGCCACCAGCUUCGGCAAGCAGGAGAUCUCAGAGGACCCCGCCAGCACUGCAAACACGUUCCAGCCUGGCUCCUGGAUGCCCACUUCCAAGAAAUAGACAGAGUCAACCACAUACACUGAGACUGCUGUGCAAUGUAAUUACAAUCCAAUAGAAAAGCCCUGCAAUAAAUACUACCUUUGUGAAACUGAUAUUCACUUUUAGUCCAGACGUGGAGAUGUAAUAUUAGAAACACCUUUCAGUAUAAUCCAAUCCCAGUCAGCAACACCACAAACUAUGACCUUCAGAAAUUACCAGAGUUUAAUCUACUCAUCUCUGAGUCAGUCUCAAAUAAUUCAGCAUUAUACAUUUCACAGAGGAAGUAUUUUGAGGCUGUUUUAUUGGACUACAUUACAUUAUAAGAGAGGGUUUCUGCUUUUCUGGUCCCUCAGUGUAUAUUGAAUAUACACAAGAUGAUAUCCAUCACUCAUCUAAAAGCUGAUUAUAAGUGAUGACAGUAAUUUAAUGUAGUUGAAAGGUUUGUUAGUAAAGAGAAGAAAAACUGAAA